AUGGGAAAAGGUAAAAAACGCAGCAGAGAUCGUAGUAGAGAACGGGACGGCGGCGACAAUGACAAGCGGAUAAGGAGGUUAGAAAUGAUGGUUCAGACGUUGGUUGAUGCUGUCAUCAAAGAUAAAGAAUCAGUAAAUUUACCGGAGACUCGACCUGAAGAGACUCUGACAGAGCAUGAGGGAGAGUCUGCCGAAAAUUUGGUCCUUCAAGAGACUCCCAAGAACGACCUUCCAGAAACCGUGGUCAAAGAAAAGGAAAACUUGGAGGUUCAAGAUCUAUUACCAGAGGCUAAAAAACUGGAUGAUGAGAUUGAAAUAAUUCUAGGAGACGACCCAGGGGCAGAAAAGAAAAAUCAAGUAGAUUUACAUGAAAGUUUGGUAUCGAGGUGGACCUCUUGGUUAACUGAGGGGUUACCUAAGGAGAUGAAAGAAAAAUUAAUUGAAGAAUACCCACGUAAGGGAAACGUGUGUCUGGAGGCACCAGAGUUGAAUCAGGAGAUUGUGUCGUCUCUUAAUGAAACAGGUGUCAAGAGAGACCAGUACUUUGUCCUGGAACAAAAACUGGCUGGCUCAGCCUUGUCCGCUUUGGGUCAGGGUAUCACGAUGAUUUUAAAAGACGCUGAAGAGCCAUUAGAUCGUCUAGAGUUAUUGAAGAAGCUAGCUGAUGCUGGAAAAUUGAUGUCUCAGCUACAUUUUCAGGUUUCUUCAGCGAGAAAAUCUUUCAUUUCUCCUACGCUUACUAAACCUAUGAAAAAUCUACUUCAGUCAACAAAACCAGGUUUACUUUUAUACGGAGAAAACCUGACAGAGAAAAUAAAAGCCGCAAAGUCGAUUGAAAAAAUCGGAAAAGAGAUAAAAAAUGCACCUCCAACAUCAGCACCUCCUCAAAACAGGAAGACAGACAGACCAGUACCAGCCCAGCCAAAAACAGUUUCAGCAAAGAAAUCCCCAGACAACCUAUCAAAACAACAGGGGCGCGUACGGCAAUGCAUCCAGGGCGGUCAGCAAGACCCAGAAAUCAAACUUUGUGGACAAGAAGAAGUAGACAAUCAGGUGAGAUUAGUAGCUGGACGAUUAAGUCAUUUCCUCCAUGAAUGGAGACAGGUAACCAAUGAUAAUUUUAUUCUAAACUGCGUAAAAGGAUAUGAGAUUCCUUUCCACACAAAACCACCACGAUCUCUAAGCUUUAUAAAAGAAUUACAGUUUCCGGUUGAGGAGGAAGCGUUUAUAGGUAAAGAAAUAGAAAAGUUGUUACAAAUGGGGGCUAUAAAGAAAGUGAAAGCGGCAGAGGACCAAUUUUUAUCACCUUUUUUCUUGGUUCCAAAACCAGACGGCUCUAAGAGAUUUAUUUUAAACCUUAAAUGUUUAAAUCAGUUCAUAUUAACUCAUCACUUUAAGAUUGAAGAUCUCAGAGUUGCAUUAAAGUUAAUUUAUCCGGAUUACUUUCUCUGCAAUCUGGACUUGAAAGAUGCCUACUUCCUGGUGAAAAUUGGUCCAAAUACCCGAAGUUAUUUAAGGUUUUCGUUCAAAGGUCAGGUUUAUGAAUUCCAGUGCAUGCCAUUUGGGCUUUGCACAAGCCCAUAUGUGUUCACAAAGUUACUAAAGCCAGCUCUUAAUAUUCUGAGAGAGAGAGGUUGGAUAUCAACAGCAUAUUUAGAUGACAUUCUGUGUAUCGGUAGAUCAAUGACGGAAUGUAGAAAUAACGUAACUUGUACGAGGAAAAUCCUUAGUAAAUUGGGUUUUAUCGUGAAUGAAAGAAAGAGUAUGCAAAUACCAGAACGGAGCUGUAAGUAUCUGGGAUUUGUAAUAGAUUCUAAAAAUAUGACUCUGUCGUUACCAGAGGAAAAGAAGUUAAAAUUGAGAAAGAUGAUCAAAGAAUUUUUAAACAAAGAUUCCUGCUCUAUUAGAGAGAUGGCGGGUCUGAUUGGAGUAUUAGUUGCAGCAUGCCCAGGCAUUCCCUAUGGGAUGUUAUAUACGAAGCUCUUAGAAAGAGAGAAGUUGAAGGCUUUAAUUAUAAAUGAGCAGGACUUUAAUAAGAAAAUGUUAAUUCAGGCUUGUGUAAAGAAAGAGCUGUGUUGGUGGUUAAGUAAAAUUGUUGGGGCCAAAAAUCAAAUUAGAACCCUUAGUUACAGACUAGAAAUUUUUUCGGACGCGUCGCUGACUGGCUGGGGGGCGCAUUGUAACGGAGAAAAUGCUCAUGGGUUUUGGACACAGGCGGAGAGAAAACUCCACAUUAAUCAUUUAGAGAUCAUAGCAGCCUUCUUAGCACUUAAAUGCUUUGCGAAAGAUUAUAAAAAUUGCGAAAUUUUACUUAGAAUUGACAACACCACGGCAAUCUCGUAUAUUAAUAGGAUGGGGGGCGUACAAUACGUAGAACUCAAUAAACGAGCUAGAGACAUAUGGACAUGGUGUGAGGAGAGAAAGAUUUGGAUAUUUGCUUCCUACAUACCCUCACGUGAAAACACAGAGGCUGAUAGAGAGUCCAGGAGAGCUAACGUAGAUACAGAAUGGGAAUUAGAAGAUCAAUCAUUCCAAAAAAUAGUCAAUAAGUGGGGCACGCCACUUAUUGACUUAUUUGCAUCAAGAAACAAUACCAAAGCCAAGUGGUUUUGUUCUUGGAAGCGUGAUCCAGAAGCGCUUUAUAUAGACGCGUUUACGGUUAAUGAGGCAUCCACUAGCGAAAACUCUUUCCCUGGUGGCAGGGAAGCUCUCCGGCGCUCAUAUCGACAAAAACUGAUACCAGAAGAAGCAGUAGAGAUCCUGAUCGCAUCAUUAACGGAGUCGACGAUAAAACAAUACACCUCAGCGCUCAAGAACUGGUGGUCCUUUUGUGAGAGUACCAACCAAGAUCCCUUACAACCAGACAUUUACAUAGUAUUAAAAUACUUAACCUUUCGUUUUAAUCAAAAUGCGUCUUACGGCACUUUAAACUCAGAGAGAUCUGCCAUAAAUUUGCUCAGUGUAGUCGAUUUAGGUAACGAUCCUUUAAUUGGUCGUUUUUUCAAGGGAGUGUUCAAGAACAGACCACCGAGACCAAAAUACAAUGAAAUAUGGAACACAGAGACACUGCUGAACUGGGCUGAAGCUCUAGAACCUCUGCACACCUUGGACCAAAAAUCGCUCACCUACAAGCUAGUAUGUUUGUUGGCAUUAGCAACGGCACACAGGGUACAGACAUUGUCGCUAAUAAAAAUUAGUGACAUAAUAAUUUCAAAGAAUAAUGUAGUCAUAAAAAUACGAGAGCAGAUUAAAACUUCUCGGAUAGGAUCACUCCAACCUUCCUUUACCUUACCUUUCUUUAAUGAGCGUAAGAGUGCCUGCGUGGCUACAACUCUCCUAAGUUACCUGGAAAAAACCAAGGACCUAAGAAAAGGUGAAGAUCACUUGUUCAUAACUUUCAAGAAGCCCUUCCACAGAGCAACGUCACAGUCAAUCAGCAGGUGGAUAAAGACCUGUCUACUAUCGGCGGGAAUAGACCCAAGAUAUACUGCUCACAGUACACGACACGCGUCAACAUCCGCUGGUGAGGCAAGAGGACUUGAUGUGAACAUUAUAAAGAGCACGGCGGGAUGGUCUGUAAAUUCACAAGUUUUUGCCAAGUUUUACAAAAGACCAAUCGAGCCAAGAAAGGAAUCCUUCGCAGAAACAAUACUGUUGAAUAAGAAAGUACAAAAAUAG